AAUACAAAGAAUAAGAAAGAUGCAGACAGUCGCUUCCGUUUCAAUCUUUACAAUAAAUAUAGUUUCCCGUGAACCUCGCUGACUAGUAUUUAGUUUGUGAUUUGACAACCAGUCCCGAUGGAUUUUACUGCACCUCAGAGUGGGUUCAGACAGCGUAAGUUACAUCCUAACAUGCGUCUGCGGAACAGCUCCGUGGACGGUUCUGAUGGCAGCCAGCUGUUUGAAGAUACAAGUGGAGCUGGGCCUGGAUCACAGAUGGGCAACAGAAACAAGCAGGCCGGGCCACAAGCAGAUGCAUUUGCAGGUCAGACGCUCCUGUCAGACCCCAUGUCUAACCUGGCCAUGGUGUACGGAAGCUCACUGGCGUCCCAGGGGAGGGAUUUGGUGGACAGGAAUCUGGACAGGUUCAUCCCAAUUUCUAAACUGAAAUACUACUUUGCUGUGGACACAGUGUACGUUGGGAAGAAGCUGGGCCUUCUAGUUUUCCCUUACAUGCACCAGAACUGGGAGGUGAACUACCAGCAGGACACUCCUGUGGCCCCACGCUUUGAUGUGAACGCUCCUGACCUUUACAUUCCCGCUAUGGGUUUCAUCACAUACGUCCUGGUAGCUGGACUGGCCCUUGGCACGCAAAACAGGUUUUCCCCAGAGCUGCUGGGAGUUCAGGCCAGCUCAGCGUUUGUGUGGCUCAUCAUGGAGGUUCUGGCAGUGCUGCUUUCACUUUACCUUGUGACCGUAAACACUGACCUCACUACCAUAGACCUGCUGGCCUUUUCUGGUUAUAAAUAUGUCGGGAUGAUCGUAGGUGUAGUCGCAGGCCUGUUGUUUGGAAAACUAGCAUAUUAUCUCUCUCUGCUGUGGUGCUGUGCUGCCAUCUUUGUCUUUAUGAUCCGCACUCUGCGUCUGAAGCUGUUGUCGGAAUCAGCGGCAGAGGGGCGACUGGUGAGAGGAACCAGAAAUCAGCUGAGGAUGUACCUCACCAUGUCUAUAGCGGCAGCCCAACCUAUCGUCAUGUACUGGCUCACCUACCACCUCGUCAGAUAAAACCCGGAACGCGUACAUAUUCACACAUCCAUGUAGAAGAUGAACUUUGUGAAUGCCAUCUCACUCUGUACACAACAAAGACGCCGGACUUGGACGAAACACACAACAUUGGUCAGGAUCACAAGACUCGGCUCAUGUGAACUUGGAGCUGAACAACAGUCUUCAAGGUGAAAGGAGAACAAAUGAGGCUUUUUAAUGCCGUCUCUCUCUCUCUCUCUCUCUCGCAGCCCAGCCCUGUGUCUUUGGAACCGCUGCCUCUUAAUAAUGUCUUCAAAAAAUAGUAGCAAGAGCAAAUGGCUUUAAGUCGUUAUCUACACUGUAAUUAUUUGUUAAUUGUGGUUUUUUUUAAUUACGAAUAUUUAAGUAUAUUUGUGUAUAGCAAAGUAUUAUUGCUGAUGUUGCGCUGGUCUGAUUUAUGUGAUGUUUUUGAGCCGAAAGAAAAGCACACCGACCUCACACACACACAACCAUCCACCUAAUAUAAACAAAGCUUAAAUAUGAGUUUAAAACAUAUCAACUGGCUCUGCUCAGAUGUUUUGAUUGGAGUGACUGGAGAGGUCUCACACUGAAAAAUGAUCUCACAGGUCUGUAAUUGUGGACGUGGUGUCACCUCUAUUUUAAUGUUUUACAUCUUUGUGUUUGUUUUUUUUUGCUUUAAUAAAAUGUUUACGCUUU